AUGUUAACAGCAAGGACAUUGAAAGCGUCAAUUCCGCGUUCGAGCCGCCAGAUUCGCACCACCGGCACCGCCCCGACCGUCGCUGUCCUACACCAGGCAAUCGACCCCCCGGUCAUCAAUGGCGUGCGCAAACCGCGCAAGCCAGGAGGCUACCAAGACUCCAGCGCAGACAUCGCCUACACGCUACAGCAACAAGGCAUCAGGGUUGUCAAAGCGGAUGCAGACGCGCCCGUGUCCGCGCACGAGGGCUGGUCCUUCCCCGAUACAGAAGAGGGUAUCUACUCCGCUGUGCGGCAGGGCGUUACGCAUUUCUGGGCGAAUACGAUUCUGUUUAGUUCGCAUCCGCUGCAGACGUCGGAUAGGUUGACGCCGCUGGCGGAGCGGGUGUAUGUUGUUGGUCAGCCGCCCGGCUUGGUUGAGAAUUUUGACGAUAAGGCGUAUCUGAAUGGUCAACUGGCAGGGAUUGGCGGGUUUACUUUACCACGGUCGUGGCUUGUUACGGCUGAGGAUGUUGGAGAUGUUGUUCGGUCUAUAGACCGGUAUCCUGUUGUUGGGAAGCCGGUGCGUGGGAGGGGAAGCCACGGGGUGAAGGUUUGUCAUGAUAAGGCGGAGUUGCAGCGUCAUACGGAGGCUCUGCUUGCUGAGUCGCCGCUGGUUAUGCUGGAGGAGUUUCUCGCUGGUGAGGAGGCGACUAUCACUGUGAUGCCGCCGACGCCGAGCAACCCUCGGCACUGGAGUAUGGUACCGGUUACGCGGUUCAACCAUGAUGACGGUAUUGCGCCGUAUAACGGUGUAGUGGCAGUCACGGCGAAUUCGAGGGUCGUCAAUCUGGAUGAGCUCAAAGAUCCGGCGUAUGGAAAGGUAAUGCGACAGUGUGAAGAGGUUGCAAAGUUGAUAGGAGCCACUGCUCCGAUUCGUAUUGAUGUACGCCGGUUCCAGCAUGGGUCGGAAUUCGCGCUUUUUGAUAUCAAUAUGAAGCCUAAUAUGACAGGUCCCGGCCGGCCAGGACGUGAGGAUCAGGCAAGUCUGACGGCCAUCGCUGCGGCUUCCAUGGGAUGGGACUAUGGGACGCUGCUGGAGAAUAUCCUCCAUGGUGCUCAGUCGCUCAGUGCCUUCCGGAACUACCGCAGUCCUUUCUAG